GGAAAUUAUUUUAUAGUAUAUUUACACAAGUGUUAUAACCUAGAAAUUAAUUUUUAUUUUUAUCAAUUAGUUCAAUUAAUGUAUAGUAUUUUUUCUUUGAGUGCUAUAUUAGUGCAUUUAUUUUAUACUUAAACGUGAUUAGUGAUAUACAAAGUGCCUAGUUUUAUAUAGGAAUAUUACUUCUGAUAAGUGAAGAUGGCUCAUGGUCGUUCAAAAAGAACGAAUGGUGACUCUUCGUCCGAAGAUGAACUGCCGCCGCCCCCAGACGGAGGUUGGGGCUGGGUUGUCGUUUUUGCAUCGUUUAUGAUACAUAUAGUCGCGGACGGAAUCACAUAUUCUUUCGGUAUUUUCUACGACAAAUUUCUGGAAGUAUUCAAAGAAGGCAAUGCAAAAACAGCAUGGAUAGCUUCAAUAUUAGUAGGAGUAACUUUAGGUUCCGGACCAAUUUCAAGUGCUUUUGUCAACCGUUACGGUUGCAGAAAUGUUACCAUGGCUGGUGCUCUACUCGGAGGAUUCUGCCUAGUUAUUAGUGUUUUUGCCCAAAAUGUGAUGACAUUAUUGAUAACCAUCGGUCUGGGCACAGGAAUGGGGUUUGGAUUGAUAUAUCUUCCAGCCAUUGUCAGUGUUACAAUGUACUUUGAAAAAUAUCGGUCUUUGGCGACAGGUAUUGCAGUAUGUGGGUCCGGUUUUGGUACCGUGGUAUUCGCACCUUUAACCGAAAUUUUUAUACAAGAAUACGGUUGGCGAGGAGCCAUGCUUUUAAUGGGUGGUAUAGUUUUUCAUUGUAUAUUUUUUGGUGCAUUGUUUAGGCCUUUGGAGUAUCCCAAACAACCACGGUCUGUAGAAGCACCUCCUUUGAAAAAGAAAUUUGAGAUUCCGCGAUCUAAUAGUGUAGGACACUCUAUGGAAAAAAGUAAGACGGAAACAAUGCGACUAGCGCAAAGUCAGCCUUCGUUAGGAUCCUUGCAUAGUAAAAAAUCUUCCACAUCAGCGUUUCAACGAAAGGAUGUUUUUUACCAAGGAAGUUUGAUAAAACUAGGUGAGCGUCAAAGCAAGCAAGGUAUCCCUGAAGCAAUGAAGCUCUUGGAUAAACGAGGAUCUUUAGUUCGUGAAAAUUUACGAAAACCAUCAAUCAUCAGUAGACAAAUGAUGCGGCCUGAAGUCGAACGUCGGAAGUGUUGUCCAGACGUCGACCUGGACACGUUCAAAGAAAUGAUGGACUAUACUCUCUUCACAGAUCCCGUGUUCAUAAUAUUUCUUAUAUCCAAUUUUGCGACCAGUAUAGGUUUCAACGUGCCCUAUGUCUACAUCGUGUCUCAGGCUAAAAUCGUCGGCUUGACUGGAGAUCAGGGCAGCUAUCUGCUGAGCGUGAUCGGAAUUGCUAACACUGUCGGCAGAAUUGUUCUGGGUUAUCUCUCAGAUAAAACGUGGGUCAACAGAUUACUCGUUUACAAUAUCUGCUUGACCAUUAGCGGAAUUGGAACUGCUCUAGUAACAGAAUUAUGUUUCGAUUUUGUAACAAUGGCAAUUUAUGCCUCAGUUUUUGGAUUUACGAUAGGAGCCUAUGUUGGCCUAACUUCUGUGAUUCUUGUUGAUCUUCUUGGUUUGGAUAAAUUGACGAACGCCUUUGGAUUAUUGUUGCUCUUCCAAGGGGUUGCUAGUUUAAUUGGACCCCCUAUAAUUGGUUUUAUCUACGACUUAACGGAAUCCUACAAAUACGGUUUUCUCCUAGCCGGCAUGUGUAUUGCAGCCAGUGGCGCCGUUCUAUUCCUAAUACCCCCCCUGCAAAAAAUGAAAGAACGAAAAGAAAAAAAGCUCCAUGCUUUAGAAAUUGCUGGGCUUUAAUAAAUUUGUGAUUAUCUUCAAAGAGUACAGGGAGAUUUUUACAAACUAGAAAAGCAUAGUGUUAUGUGAUGAAAUAUUUAAUUCCAGAUAGACAAUCAAGUGAUGAAAAAAAUUUAUAUUUAUAUAUAUUUUUAGAGAGUUUAAUAUUCGUCCAAAUGAGGCAAGACAGUUGAAUAUUUUAGGCUAAGGAUAUUUUUAAUAAUAUUUGUUUUUUAUAUUAUAUUUGUUAUAAUGCUCAAGUUUAUUUAAAGGCGUAUUUACAUAGCAUUUUUUAAUGUAACUUAUUUUGAUGACUUAUGU